AUGGCACAAAUUACCGUCUCCGACGACAUUCUGGCGAAUAUCAAAGACCAGGUUGUCUUGAUUACUGUUCAAGGCGGAUCAUCCGGAAUUGGCAGGGCGACCGCACAGCUAUGUUUGGACCUAGGUGCCAGAGUCGUUGUCGGAGAUCUCAAUCCUCCCAAUCCCGAAUUCAAAGACACAGAGAAGGUGCAUUACUUGGAAGUGGACGUGACCUCCUGGGAAAUUCAACGAAACAUGUUCGAUCAAGCCGACAAGUUAUUCGGUGGAAUCGAUCAUGUCUUCGCCAAUGCUGGCGUCGGUCCGACCACAGACUUCCUGGAUAUCAAUCUCAACGAAGCCGGAGAACUGCAGCCACCUAAUCUCAGAACAAUUAAUGCCAGUCUCAUCAGCCCAUUGUACACAAUUAAUCUAGCGCAGGCCUACAUGAAGCAACUUGCCAGUCGUCGCCCCGUGAGAACCGGUAGCAUCGUCCUCACAGCCUCGGCUUCUUCAUUCCAGAACUUCAGUGCUCCCGACUACACAAUCGCCAAACACGGUGUUCUAGGAAUGGUCCGCGGUCUAGUGCAUAAGCUUGAGAUUGAAUGCAAUAUCCGGCUGAACGCAGUCGCACCCUCGUGGACUCAGACGGGAAUGGUCCCCGCUGACUAUAUUCGCGCUAUGGGUGUCCCGGUUCAGUCACCUGAAGUUGUUGCGCAAAGUGUGGUGCUGCUAUUUGCCGAUGAGGCUCGGCAUGGAGAAGUUAUUUACAGCUCAGAGGGGAAAUUCCAGGAGAUUAAUAAAGCUGACGGUGGUCUUUUGUCUAUGGCGAGGAAGUUACUCUUUAAUGAUGAUAAUCUGGAGGGUGUGAUGCGAAGCAUGAACGCACGAGCGGCUCAAUCGUAG